UUCUGAGAGGGGCGGGACAAACUCGAAAAUAACGGAACCAAUAUUCCCGUAUUGGGGAAAAAACCGUAACAAUGUAAAUGAUAAGCUGUAAUACUGUUGUGAUAAUCGAUUUCUGAUGUACAGGGAGACUAAAAGAUGCUUGACAUGGAGCUGGGACUACACUAACUGAUGAGGCCGUCCGGACAGUGAGAUGUCUCUGGCUCAGAGGGUUCUGCUGACCUGGGUUUUUACCCUGGUGUUUCUAAUUAUGCUGGUGCUGAAACUGGAUGGGAAGGUGCAAUGGAACUGGUUCCUCAUCUUCCUUCCAGUCUGGAUCUUUGAUGGCAUCCUCAUCCUCAUGCUCGCCAUCAAGAUGGCGGGGCACUGCAAACCUGGGUACGACCCGCGCAACGGCUCGCCAGACCUGCGUCUGCGCACCUGGUACCUGACCGCCAUGCUGCUCAAACUGGGCUUCUGCCUGACGCUGUGCGCCAAACUGGAGAAACUGGCCGAUUUGAAGCUGACGUUUGUCUGCAUCCCGCUGUGGACCAUGCUGCUGGGCGCACUGGUUGAACUGGGGGUGAAUAUUUUUCCUGAAAGACGAGAGGCUUGAAACAAUCUUAUGUUGUAGUCCUAACACUUUCUAUAGUAGCGGGGGGUCAAAUGAUGGAGAAAAGUGUCAAACUGUUUGUUAAACUGUGAAACCAACACUGGAGAAAGUAAACUUUUAUUUCGAAUGUUCAUUAUUAUUUAAUAUUUAAAUAGUUUGUGAAAGGCUGCAGUUCAGGGUGCAUGUAUCGUUAUAGAUUAUUUCCACAUGCUGUGGCUGGAUUCCUGCACACUUCUCAUUCCAUUCUUUAGCAAACCUCCUAGCAUCAUUCCGUCAUUUAGAAUCCAUCUGAUAUUGCCCCUUUUCUACUCUAUAUAUAUCAUCUCAUAAGCUGUUAUUCUAUCUUUGCAUGCAGGGUUGGUCCAACUUGAAGACUUUCUACAAACAGUUUUAUUUGUGAACUGGGUUUCAGCCCCAUUUAGAUGUUCUUGUACAAAUGUUUAUGUUGUGCCAACAUUUUUUUUUUUUGCACUUUACUCAAAAAAGAAAAACAAACACCAAUAGAGUCUGUAUGCAUGUGAUGUAAUUAAUAAAUGACUCAUUUCUAUUACU